AUGAAGCCAACAAAUUCAGUACGAAUAAUGCAGAUUAUGAUACUCGAUAUCCCAGAUUCAAUUGCACUCGAAGACAUUGAGCUUCAUUUUAAUACUCUCUCAGAAAGUCUAGGCAUCCCAAAGCCUGCCUCUAUUAAUCUCGUCAAAGCGAUUAAAAUCGCUUACGUAAUCUUCCCAACCAUAAAUUCAGCUUCUGAAGUAUUUAAUGCUCUCAACGAAAAUGUGUCUAUUUGCGGAUUUUCUUUACAAUUCGAUUAUGCACCUACAAAUUCAGAGAACAGCCAACAAAAAUUUCUAUCGAGAACUGAAUGGUAUUGUCCCAAAGUACAUCUUAAUACAGUGUGAUGCUUAUAAUUUUGCUAAUAGAAGUAAAUGCUAUAAAUGCAAAUUCCCAAGACAUAGUCUUAGGGAUCCUGAUCACUCAGAACUGCCUGCGAAAGAAGAAGAAAAUAUAAACGCAACAAUAAUGGCUAAAGGCUCAAUAGUCUCUGUAUGUGAUGAAGAAACAGUGAUUUUCAGGUAGAUUUUUAAUACUUUUGCAAAAUUUGGCAAAGUCAAAGAUGUCAGAAAAAUCCGUGACAGGCUUAGUGGUGAUUUUAGGGAUAUUGCAUUUAUAGAAUUUUAUUCCAUAAAUGAUGCAGACAUGACAUUGGAAAUUAGUGGGAAUUCCCCUAUAACUAUUGAAGGCUGUCCAAUUACAAUAUCUAAAAGCAGAAAAAGGAAGACAGAAACAUUCAGCCAAUUUCCUUCAAACCCAGACUAUGGAUACGGAAUUCCUAUAUUUCAUACCCCAACCCAAAUUAUUGUCCCACAAGCCUUAAAAACCUUGUCUGGAUACGAAUACAAAAUUCCUUCCCAUUACGCAUUUGACGAAUCAUGCCAGCUUUACUAUGACACACAUACCAAAUACUACUGGGAUCCAAAAACAAAUAAAUUUAUGAAGUAAAUAUCAAUACAGGGAUGGGAAUAAGUUUAUUUUUGACGAAAAUUCUCAAGUUUUUAUACCAUUUAUAGAGCCUCAAGAGAAAAAAGUGAAAGAAAAACAUAUAAAAGGUAUGAUUUAUCUGUCGGUAAACAAGAAAUUGAAGAGGAGAUAA